AUGAGCAAAGUUUUGGCCCAAGCGUAUAUCUCGCUGAUGUUGGAGGCACGUGGUCACCUGCCGGGCUCCAAAAGGGGGGAAACCACCAGCUUCUCUAAAGAAUUAAAGGUUCACAAUGGAAUGCGAUGGUAUCAUAAUCUUUUUCCGCAUUUUGAUACUGUCCAAAGCCGGUGGCGAGUUCUAGCAAAAGCUUUUUUUCACAACAUUUGCAAAGAAGAUGCAGAGUUGCUGCCGCUGACGAGGAGACUUUUUGGUAAAAAUUCGCCAACUUCCCAAAGUGCUAAGGCUACACAAAGCAUUCAACCCCUUGAUAAUGCUCAGGUCGCCAAAGAUGAUUUUAUUGACUGUGAAGAACCCAUAAGGUGUUUUUGGCUGUCUCCUUCACAGGGGUAUUUCAACACUUUGUCCUGUACUGAUGAAUCAGCCAAAGAUCUUUCAAAAGUUCUCCUCAACAUUGACUUCAAACUUGUUUACUCUUCCUUCCAACUCUUCAACGACUUUAAAAAAGCAGGAACAGAUGUUAGAGAGAUCACCCCUGAAGGAGUUAUUAAGUUUCUUCAAAAGAAUCCAAACUCCGUAGGUAUACUACCCUGCCCUGUAAGUGAGACGACAGUUGGUUCUGCGUUUAAUGUAGUCCUCCUCCUUACGUAUUGCAUGAAGACCCCUACCUUUUUAAAACAAAUAUUUGGAAUCCCUUUGUUGCUGACUGAAGAUGGUGUCCUUAGGCGAUUCCAGAUGGAUAAGCAAGUAUUUCUGAGCCGCUUUGCAGAUUUGGUACCAAAUCAACACUCUAAGUUUAUCCACCACAUACUCGCCUCACUGUUACUUCAGUUCGAAAAAGAAAUAUUUGAGGCGGAUCAAGGGGUUCUCAAAAAAUUCGAUAUCUGUGCAUUAGCCUCGCUCCUUCCGAGUAUUGCAAAAGGCAGGUGGUGUGAAACCAACAGUCUCAUUCCAUGGGAUUUGAAAGACGGGCCUACCGAACCAUGGUUAAAGCGUCUAUGGGAGUUUUUGUUCAAGGUACACAAAAAGGACCCAGAUACUUUUUCCCUAGAUCCACUGCAUAAAUGGCCCAUUCUUCCAACCAAAUCGAAGGAAUUAGCCCCACUUUCAAAAGGUAAGGUCAUUCUUGACUUGACAGCCUCCGAGGCCUGGUCGUUUGGCCAAAAGACUGUAGUCGAUUUGUUGAGGAAGCUACGAUGCCCAGAGUUGGAUGUCGAGCUCAUCGGCAGUGGUAAUAGAUGGGAUCUAUCGCCAGUGCUCAAACAGCACCUAUCGUACCCCAACUCGUCGCAAGACAUUCUAAAGGUGCUAGACCACUUGAUGAGGACAGGAGAUAUUUCUGGUUAUCUUUCUGACGAUGAAAUGAUUUCAUUGCUUCAGUUUUUUCAACAUGAUGCAGCCUCUCUGAAACAGGACCGAUCAUUGACUUCCAUUCUGAAGCGAUUGCCAUUUUUCAAGACUUUUAACGGAACGUUUGUUUCUCUUGAAAAUGCUAAAUCAGUAUAUACCAUCCCGAAGGGUUUACCAACUGACGAGUGCGAUGUUUGGAUGCGAGGAAUCAAUUGCCUUUUCUUAUCACCUGAACCAAAGCUGGACCACCUGUACAAUAGAGUUCUAAAUGUUGUUUCCAGAACUCACGCAGAUUGCUACAUCAAUUUCAUUUUCCCCAAAUUUCCAUCUCUUAAGGAGCAAACUCGUAUGCUUCAUCUUAACUACGUUAAACGAUUCUUGUUGGCACCCUUUUCUAAUGAAGAUCAACACACUAGAGUCCUACAAUCACUUAGAACUUUGGAAUUUAUUCCUGACACUAAUGGGUCACUACGAACUGCAUCUUAUUUUCAUGAUCCACGCGUGAAAGUUUUUGCAGUUAUGUUACCACGUGAAGCAAAGCCACCAGAACCUUUCAAUGAGAAAUCCGGUUGGCUAGAUCUCCUUUGUGAAGUUGGAUUAAAGAAGCAAGUUAGCAGAGAUCAGUUUCUAGAGUUUUCAAAGGAAGUUGCAAAACAUGCAGAGAACAUGAGCAAGAAAACUCGUAUUACUUUGGAGGAAAAGUCUCAAACUCUCGUUACCCAUCUUCUGGGUGAAGAGUCUUUUCAUGAAGCGGAGUAUUUACGGCAACUCUCUAUGAUAAAGUUUGUAGCAUCUUCAAAGGCCAGUGAUAACCUUCUUUCUCUUCACAAGCAGUACCAUUGCUCUAAAGAAGUACAAGAUGGAACACUUCCAUUCAUUCACUUCCAUGGUUCAGUACCAAAGAUGAAGGAGCGACUUGCCUGGACAACUGCGCCUCUUCUACCAGAUUGGGUUGUUUCAGAUGCUGGAAAGGAAAUGCUUGGAGCCCUUGGAGUUUUCCCAUAUCCAUCGCUGGAUCAAGUCAUCAAUCACGUCACCAUACUCUCACAAAAUGUUUUUAAGGCCAUUGAUAGAGAAAUACCGCAACCAAAGCGUCGCCUUCUGGGUGAUAUCAUGACUGAGGUGUAUACGUUCCUCCAACGUAUGAGCAGGUGCCAGGAAAGUGACUCUCUCAACUCUUGCUCUCGAGAAUGCCAUGUAAUUGGGAAGCGAUUGUCUGACAAAUCAUGUGUCUUGGUUGAAGAUGGCCGCGUAUUUGUCCGUGGUGACCAACUAUCCUUCCACCUGGAUGAGCAGUUAGCACCGUAUCUAUAUAAAGUUCCGCGGGAAUAUGGAUCUUUUCAGCACUUGCUACUCCGCCUUGGAGCCGUAGAGGAAGCCACACCAGAACAGUUUGCCAAACUACUCGAUAAACUAAACGCCUCAUGUCCAGACAAGAAAAUGCAUCGCAAUGAAGUCAGUAUUGCAAAACACGCUGUACACGGCCUGUUUACGAGUCUGAGGGCCCUACAAGACCACAAAAAGGAAGGUGAGCCAGCUAAUAAUACUCUCUCUAAGAUCGAACUUCUGUACCUUCCAAGCAGCGAGCAAAAGCUCGAAAGGUCUGUAGACUUGGUCCUGUUUGAUUUUCCUUGGUAUGAACUCCGUAUACCGAUUGCCAUGUAUAAGCAGCUAGAUCCACUACAAAAGUACAACCUGACGUUCGCUACCCCUCAACAAAUUGUCGACCUUCUGCCAGCUCACUUGAAGAUGCCAUCCCUUACAGCACUUGUGAGGGAAGAGCUGCACUCAGAAUGCAGAGAAAAGAAGUGCCGUGCUGAUGUGGAAAAGAAAUGUCACGAAACCAAUCGCCUCCGUCACAUAUUGUUUUCUCCCAAGUUUGUGGAUGGUAUGAUACGAAUUUUAAAAAAUCAAUAUCAGAAAGCCAAACUGAAUGACGAAGUCCGAGGAAACGUACGUAGAUUUCAAAACGAACUAAAAAUAAGUUGCAUGGAAAUGCUUUCCACUGAGCUCGUGGAAAACAGAUCAAAUACAUCAAUUCCAGGCAGCCAAAGAUCGAGGAACAUAGACUGUUUUGUGGAAAGGGAUGAAAGUGGUGGAAAGCAUAUAUUCAUCAAACAUGGUGUUGGUCCCAGAAACGUACGCAGGGUUCUCUGCGAAGAGAUAAAUCAACUGACAGGAUGCUACAUUGACAAAGUUAGCUGGUUGCAUCUGGCUGACAUUUUAGAGUGUGAGUCGCCUGAAGACAUCUCUUCCACAUUGGACAAGGCUGGAGUCUCCGAAGAUGUGGAUACUACUGAUACGCCAAACCUAGAGCCUGACCUUGGAACAGAAGUGCGUGAAGAGUUUCAUUACCUUCUAGAGCAGUACGGUGACUUCUACUUUCGAAAAGGAGAAUUUGUUGCAUUUGAAAAAGAUGACUCAACAGAUGAGGAACCGAGGUACAUCUAUGCAAAAAUUACGAACAAGGUUACCACUAAAGUAAAACCCAAAAAGGACAGAACUAAAAGAAAGCAAAAAGACGAGAGUAAGCUGCUCGACAGAUAUCUUAUUGACAUAGGCCAUGUAAAGAAAGAAGUCGAUGUACUGGAUCUGUACAAGAUAAGGAGACCACAAACAUUCCUGGAAAAAGAUGACAAACCAGAAGAAGAAUGUUUUUCAGAAACAAUGGAACUCGUACCUCACGAAGGAACAUAUCGGCAGAGUGCAGAACCAGAGGGGGCGGAAUGCUCAACGACACCAAAACGUAAGGACAACUGUGGUGAGCUACAUAAGCCUAGGAUGUUGGACGCCGCCAUAAAAGAAGUCCGAAAGAAACUUUCCGAAAUUUGGAAGCUUCCAGAAGAUAAAAGAAAGAAAGCAAUAAGGCGACUAUACCUUCGAUGGCAUGCGGACAAGAAUAUGGACAUGCAAGACAUUACAAACGAAGUCAUGAAGUAUAUACAAACUGAGGUCGAAAGGUUAUCGAAAGGAAAGUCGUCAAGCCGCGAUAAAGGUUGUGCAAGACCACCGCCACCAGAUUUUUCGGACUUAUUCAAGCUGUGGGAUGUAAUAGCUCGACGACAGCGCUCAAGUUUUGACAACUAUCGCCGCCACAACCCACGAUUUACUGGUUUCGCAUCACACUCGAGAAGGACUUACACGGCAUCUAAUCUACGCGUAGCGAAGAUGUGGAUUCGUCAAAGCAAAGAAGACCUGCGGUCCGUAAAACUUCUCUUGACUGCCCGAGAUCCACUUUACUACCUUGUCUGCUUCCAAUGUCAUCAAAUCGCGGAGAAAUCUCUCAAAGCAGCUCUGUACGCUCUAUCAGGGGUCGCAGAUAGGCAGCUGAAAUAUAACGAUUUGGUACUAUUGGCACAUGAUCUUUCACGGCUUCCUAGAGCUCCAGAUGUGACACCGCAAGUAGCCAGGCUGUCUGACUAUUACGAGGGCACUCGAUAUCCUAACAGGCAUGUGCCACCUAGAGUGCCUGCUGAGGUGUUCCAAGAUUCUCAGCAAGCACAGGAAGCGUUCAGACUGGCCACAGAAGUUUUGGAAGUACUAGAACAGUUUGUUGGAUCAUAA